AUGGGAUUCGACCAGAAUCGCGACUCGACGUCAAUCCGUGCUAAUCUCGAUGACUUGAUCCAGCUUACAAGGGAAAAGGAGCAGCUCUGCAGGGAUAAACAAUGGAAGGUCAGGGUCGGCGAACGGGAAAUCUCAGUAAGAGAGUACGCAGCGAGGAUUUCAAAAUUGCUGCAACAGCUGGGAGAUAUUGUCAUCCCGUUUGCGCCACGGGAGGCCGGUCCACCGUGGGGUGUGGUUAAGGCCGUCUUGAGGGUCAGUAUAACAUUCGAUACUGAGAUGAUAGCGCUCCUGGAAACAGUGGACAGAGUUCUUCGUGUCAUCCACCACGGUCACGUUUACGAGAUGGUCUAUACACCAGAGAGGAUUCCGGGAGACAUGCUGCAGUUGCUCCACGAUGCGAUUGCGAAUGUAUACAAAGCUGCACUGGAGGUCAUCGCUUUUUCGGCAAAUCAUCUUGCUAAAGGCAGCGUCUCGCAAAUUGCUGCAACAAUCCUACACCCAGACGAACUGUCCACUCUGUUCUCGAACCUUGACCGCCGUGAGAGCGAGAUAGCUCGGACCGUUCAGACCUGCGAAAUACAUCGCAGUGCUGACGCCGACGGGACUUUGAUGGCUCAGCUGCACGAAAUUCACCCUGUCCUUGCCCAAAUUGAUCAGCGCUUGGAGGACUGCUUCACGCACUUAGAAGAGCGAGAGUCCCUGGAUCUGCUCGAUUGGAUGUCCGAAGUCUUGUAUAUGAUGCACCACCGCGCUGUCCGGGAGAAUCGAACGCCCGAUACCUGCGACUGGUUACUUGAUGACGAACGAUAUCGCAAGUGGCAGACUAGUGGGAAGGCGUCUGUAGCAUGGCUGUGGGGAUCUCCCGGUGUCGGUAAAACCUACAUGACUUCCAGAGUCAUUGACGACGUUCAGGAGAUGAUUCGCCAAUCAACAACAAACGAGGGACUUGCGUUCUUCUACUGCGAUCGGACCGAUCCAAAGCGGAGAGACCCCCUAUCUGUGGUCCAGAGCUAUGUCAGGCAACUUUCUACUCCAGCCCACAAGACAGACAAGUUUCAAAAAUCUGUUCGGGCCACUUGUCUAAAGCUCAGAAAAGAAGGAACGCAAUUGGACUUUGGAAGCUGCAAGGCGAUUAUUCUAGAGUCUGUCAACCUCUAUCGCCGAACCACGAUCAUCCUGGAUGGGUUAGACGAGUGCGAUGAGAGGUCCCGCAGUAAGCUUCUUGACUUGCUGUACUCGGUCCAAACAGAGGCUACGCAUCCCAUUAAGCUUUUCAUUGCAAGCCGUCCAGAUCAGGAUAUUCGUGCCCGAUUCCAGGGGCAGCCCAGUAUCGAGAUCCAUGCAAAACACAACCUAGGCGAUAUCGAAAAGUUCAUCACCGACCGGAUAAAGUACCUUGGUAGGUCGAAUCCGAUUCUUUUGGAGAUGGAGAAUGUGAUUAGCGAGGAGAUCAUCAGGCGGUCUGAUGGGAUGUUCCAAUGGACGGCUUUGCAACUGGACCAACUGCGGACCUGCCGCUCCCGCGAAGCGAUCAAAAGCCGACUUCUCAAACUUCCAAAUGGCUUGAAGGCCGCCUAUGAUGAGUUGUAUUCCGAGCUCGCAGCCUUGGAUCAGCAUGACAGGGAGCUUGCUGAGCGUGCUCUGAAGUGGGUCAUGUGUGCUUGUACUCCGCUAGGUCGGGACGAGCUUAUCGAAGCUGUUCGAAUCACCCCGGGUAGAGAGCAUCUCACCCUCUGCAGUGCGAUCAGUGAAGACUCGCUGUUAGCCCUCUGCCGGAAUCUCCUCAGUAUUGACUCGGAGCUCGAUACAUGGCGAGUUUGCCAUCUCUCGGUGGCGGAAUAUUUCGAACAUAACCAUUGGGAUCUUCGACAGGCACAUCUCUAUGCACUCCUCCUGGAGAACGCAGGGGACGACAAUGCACUAGACCCGUUGCAAGUCUACGCGAGACACCACUGGACACACCACGUUCGCUUGGCACAGGUGGAGGAUGCAAUCCUACCCAUCACUCCACUACUGAAGAGGUUCCUCGGGUCUCCAAUUGAGGGCAGCGCGACUUUUCGCAGAUGGUUUCCCGAGGUCAUGAAAGAUCUCAUAAACCGGAGAAGAGUUCCAUCGACAAGCGCGCUAAUAACUACAAUCUAUCGCUUCCAAUUACAUUCUGGACCUGACCCAGGGAGUAUCCCGAUCCAAACGCCGAUCCUCUGCGUAAGUUAUUUCGGCAUACUAUCCGCGCUCGGCGACUGGUGGGACCAAGUGGAUCUGGGAUCUCUUGAGACACAAGGAGAUCUCCCGGUUCCUUUGACUAUGGCUACGCUGGCGAAUCGAAUAUCCGUUUGCAAAUUUCUGCUGCAACGCGGAGCGCCCGUAGACGGACACUGUCCCCGUUUUGGGAGUGCUCUGGCUGCUGCGGCAUGUCUGGGGAGAGCGGAAGUCGCAAAGUAUCUCCUGAAUGCUGGCGCAUCAGUGAUAUUACAACUGCGGCAUAGAAUUCACAAAACAGCGUUGCAUGCCGCAGUGACAUGCAACCUGGACAUGGUCAAGCUUUUGGUCUGGGCGUUAGGUCGCGAUGAGCAGAAACUGCUGCCGGCUGAUAUCUAUGAAGACGUUCUUGAUCAUUCCCAAUCGUACCCCGAACUAUUCUUCUUCCGGUUUCGGGAAUUGAGGUGUGAUGCGGACACGGUGUUGCUGGGUAAAAUCUACGGGAGGUUGCUCGCGCGCGCUGCUAGUAAGGCGCGGGACCUGUCUGUAGUCAAAUACCUCAUCUACGAAGCUCAGGUGGAUGUCGAUACACCUGUAUCCGACUACGAAUAUGGGAGCGCUCUCUCAGCGGCUGCCGGCUCCGGAAAACUGGCGAUGGUCAAGUUCCUUGUGUGCGACGCCCACGGUAACGUGGAUUUGGUGGUAACCAACGGGUGGGCUGGCAAUGCGCUUGUAGCAGCCGCAAGAAACAAUGAACUUGAUAUUGUUCGUUACUUGAUUCACGAAGCUAAUGCUACGGUGGAUCUAGUACUACAAUCUGGAGACUAUGGGACCGCGCUUGUAGCGGCAGCUGCAGGCGCCCACCCAAGGCGGUACAUGACAAGCCUUGCCACAACCAAGGCUUUGGUCGAGGAAGGCCAAGCGGAUGUGAACCUUGCAGUUCCAACAGGCUAUUAUGCAAAUGCUCUAGUGGCUGCGGUUGCCCGGGGAGCCUUUGAUAUCGCCAAAUUUCUGAUCCAAGAAGCACAUGCAAACGUGAACCUACCCACUCAAUCAACCUCCCAGUGUACCGCUCUCGGAUACGCUAUACUCCGGCGGAAGGAUAGGAUUGCCAACCUACUUAUUCAAGCAGGGGCAAAUGUUACUGAGGAGCAAGGAUCCCCAUUCGGUAGCCCACUGGCCGCGGCCGCCGCCACCAAUCGGCCCGAUCUCAUCAAGUCCUUGAUUGAAGCCGGAGCAGACCCAAACCAGCCAAUAUCCAGUGGUUGCUGGCCUACAAGAUUCUUCUGUGCUUCUUACGCACCAGUUUGUACACUAGCUGCGUGGGGCAAGUGUGGAAGUGCGCUAGCAACUGCGGCAUAUUUUGGCCACGUGGAGUGUGUGAAGAUUCUGAUCGAAUUAGGGGCGAGUGUCGAUCUUAUACUGGAAUCUGGGACGUUUCAGACAGCGCUACAGGCCGCAGAAGCGGUUGUUUCGGAGGAUGAGAUCGAAAAUUACCAAAAGCUGCACAAUGGUAAUGACGAGGAUUAUGAGCUAAGUGAUGACGAUGAGGACGAAAUGGAAAAGGCAUUGCGGCGUGGCAAGGCAGAGGUUGCUGAGAUACUUCGGCAACAUAGCAAUCCUGUUACGUAGCUCUUUUUUAGGCGUUAGUUUAUUUGAACAUACCUUAAAGAAGACAGGAUGUAGUAAUUCUAAACCGCA